GUCAACUCAUCUGUUUUAGAUUGAUAGCGCUCCCGAAAUAUUUAUAGUAUUCUAUGUAAUUGUUGUAUUUAAAUAAAUUUAUAAACAAGCUACACAUAUCUUAUAAUUCAUUGCUUUAACGAUAAUAAUUUAUUGUUAUGUAUGUACAUAUGUAGAGUAUGUAAGUAUGUAAAAACAUACCGGGAUUGUUUGUUUUGCAAUUUGCAGGGCAUUUAUAUUACGUAUAUGUGCAUAAAUAAAAAAUGUCUUUAGAUCAAACAGUUUGUGAAGACCUGAAAGCUUUCGAAAGACGUCUUACUGAAGUUAUUGCGAGUUUGCAACCAGCUACUCUGCGAUGGAGAAUGCUACUGGGUUUUAUCUCUGUUUGUACUGCUGUGGGUGCAUGGCAUUGGUUGACAGAUCCAAAUACACCUGCUGUAUCAUUCACACAGAGCUUAUGUAAUCAUCCGUUUUUUGCAAUUGCUAGUAUUAUUUUAGUGAUAUUAUUUAUGAUGGGAGUUCAUAGACGUGUUAUAGCACCAAGUAUCAUAACUCAAAGAGCUAGAAGUGUUCUUGGUGACUUUAAUAUGAGUUGUGAUGAUACUGGAAAGCUUAUUCUUAAACCAACAAGACCACCACAUCCACACGAAACUUAAAAAAAGACAAUCUUAAAUUUAUGUUACCUUUUUAAAUGACUGUACAAGAUGUCCACAAAGAAUGUAUGUAUGAAACCCACUUUCAGUGUUAGUAUACUAUUCAAAAUAUUUCGUUUUCUUUGUACUUAGAAUAAAAAAUGAAUAAUCAUGUUAAAAUAUGUAAACUUUCAAUUAUUUGAUAUUAUUUAAAGUGUUAAUAUUACAUUGAAAGUGGAAUGCCAGUACUGAAACUUUCUAAAUUGCAUUAUGUUUAGUUAUGAAAAUAUUUUAAAGAAGUGCUAAAUAUUCGUUGUUUUUAUUUAUUGUAUAUAUUGUGAUAGAAAUAGCUAUAAAACAAUGACAAAUAUUUGUCCCUCAAUCAAAGAAAUGUACAAUACAGCUCUUGCCAAAUAUACUUGCCAAGAGUUAGCACAAGUUCAAAUUUUUGUACAAUAUAAUUUGAUUAGUUUAAAUCGUACGUGGAAAAAAAACAAUUACAAAUAUAAGCGUUUCAUUAAAUUCUUCCAAUCUUAUAAAUAUAUGCAAUAUAAUAGUAUAUAUAAGUAAUGUAAAAUAAAUUUGUUAAAAUACUUUCAGCAGAUACAAUUCAUUGUGACAAGCUUUAAUUUAAAUUUUUGUCACACUCGUACCGUUCUAUUCUUUACUUUUUAUUGUAUGAAAACAAUUAAGAGUUUAAAACAAUCAUAUUAUUUUAUGUACAAAUAAUUAAAUAAAAAAAGUAACAAAUAAUACAAAUUUAUUUUUCUAAAUGAUAAUCAAAAAGUUUAAUGAAUAUUAUACCUUUUACAUGUUAAAUAAAAGAUACUAUUAUAACGAUCAAAACAUUUAUUCGUAUUAAUAUUUUGCAUAUUAUUACAAUUUCGCCAAUGCACAAUCACGCUAUUUACUUCGUACCAUAUUACAUAUACAAUAUUAUUUAUUUACGCACGUCAGUAUUUGUUCAAAAUCAACUGUAACGUUAUAUUUUAAGACAUGUUUCUCAGUCCAAGAAUUAUAUUACCUACAAUAUAUAUAUAUACAAGGGAUGAUUACCAAAUGUUGUAAGUGCAACAUUCUAAGCACUGCUUGCAAAUAAAGAUCGGAUAACUAAACAUU